UUCCUUCUGCAAAGUGAAACAGAUCAAGAAAAGGAAAGAUGACUUCAGCAGUGACGAAGAUUUCUGUGAUGCAGUCAGCAAUGUACCGGUGAUUCUAUUAAUACGGAUACCACCCCUCACUAUUCACUCAAUUACCCUACUUAUGGCUGCCCAUAUCACCACCGUCUCACCGUCGCAAACCACCCUCCAACUCCAGGAUAGGGUUGCAAUCGUCACCGGUGGUUCCCGUGGCAUUGGCAAAGCCAUUGCCCUUCACCUUGCAUCCCUUGGGGCAAAGCUCGUCGUCAAUUACAAUUCCAAUUCCACCCAAGCGGAUCUAGUCGUCUCGGAAAUCAAUUCCAAUUCCCAAUCCGAAUCUCCACGAGCUAUUUCUUUCAAGGCCGAUGUAUCUGAUCCAACACAAGUGAAAUCCCUCUUUGAUGCAGCUGAAUCCGCCUUCGAUUCCCCGCUAUAUAUCCUUGUGAACUCCGCCGGCAUUCUCGACUCCACCUACACUUCGAUUGCCAACUCGUCCAUCGACGCAUUCGAUAGGACCUUAGCGGUCAACACAAGAGGACCAUAUUUAUGCUGUAAGGAGGCGGCGAACCGGUUGAAACGAGGCGGCGGAGGGAGAAUUAUUUGUCUGACGUCAUCGAUGGUGGUGGCUCUGACGCCGGGAUUCGGGGGGUAUGCUGCGUCUAAAGCGGCGGUUGAAACUAUGGUGAAGAUUCUGGCAAAGGAGCUGAAGGGGACGAGGAUCACGGCGAACUGUGUAGCUCCAGGUCCUAUCGCGACAGAGAUGUUCUAUGAAGGGAAAACUGAGGCGAUGGUGAAAAGGGCGGUGGAGCAAAGUCCGUUGGAUAGACUCGGGCAGCCGGAGGACGUGGCUCCGUUGGUAGGGUUUUUGGCCAGCGACGCCGGCGAGUGGAUUAACGGCCAGAUUGUUCGCGUCAACGGUGGAUAUGUGUGAACCAUAUUUGCUCCCAUAAUUCUACUUGUAUCGCAGCCGAUGAUAUUUGAUUUCAGUAAAAACUUGAUUCCGAAUUUAA